UUUAGGGCCUACCCGCACAGCUAUGUGCUUCUAGACGAGUAUGCGAACCCCAUCAACGAGUCCUCCGUGCCGUUCAUCGCAGGAGCUCCCGUGAAGGUGGUGACCCACGGCUGGAGGUCGUCAGCCGACAGGAACGCCGUCAUGAACAUCAAGAACGAAUACCUGAAGGCAUACGACUGCAACGUCGUCACGAUAGACUGGAGCCAGACGGCCGAGUCCAUGAUGUACCCCACUGUGGCCAUCCAGGUCAAAGCUAUCGGCAACUUGAUCGGGAAGUUUCUGGACAACUUCAGCAAUCGCUUCGGAGUGACGGGAGAUCAGGUGCAUCUGAUUGGGCACAGUCUUGGCGCUCAUAUUAUGGGGAAUGCUGCUUCGGCGUGUCAAAUGAGGAUUGGUCGCAUUACAGGUAGGUUCUCCCUCUCAUGA